GUUACACAAGAAGAGAGCAGCGGGCUCCGACUGCCUCCCUUUUGCAGACGAGAAGCGGACGAAAGCCCCAGUGCUGUAAAGAAAUGGGCUAGCUAGUCCCCUCGAGGCUGUGGUCUGGAAGCAUCUAGAGGUGCCCGCCAAGACCAUCACUAUGACUGAUGGAGACUAUGAUUAUCUGAUUAAACUCCUGGCCCUUGGAGACUCAGGAGUAGGGAAGACAACAUUUCUUUACAGAUACACGGACAAUAAAUUCAAUCCCAAAUUCAUCACUACAGUAGGAAUAGAUUUUCGGGAAAAACGUGUGGUUUAUGACACACAAGGAGCAGAUGGAGCUUCAGGAAAAGCGUUUAAGGUACAUCUGCAGCUUUGGGACACUGCUGGACAAGAGCGGUUCCGGAGUCUCACCACUGCCUUCUUCAGAGAUGCCAUGGGCUUCUUGCUAAUGUUUGACCUCACCAGUCAACAGAGCUUCUUGAAUGUCAGAAACUGGAUGAGCCAACUGCAGGCAAAUGCUUACUGUGAAAACCCAGAUAUAGUAUUAAUUGGCAACAAGGCAGACCUGCUGGACCAAAGGGAAGUCAAUGAGCGACAAGCACGGGAGCUGGCUGAAAAAUAUGGCAUACCAUACUUCGAAACAAGUGCAGCGACAGGGCAGAAUGUAGAGAAGUCAGUGGAAACGCUUCUGGACUUGAUCAUGAAGAGAAUGGAAAAGUGUGUAGAGAAGACACAGGUUCCGGACGCUGUCAAUGGUGGAAAUUCAGGAAAGCUGGAUGGGGGAAAGCCAGCAGAAAAGAAAUGUGCCUGCUAGCCACUCAGAGGAGCUAGUGAUGGAGAGCCUGCCCAAAUCCUCUGUCCUGAAACCAUGACAAAGCACGUUGUUGUUGUAGCUCAGGAGCAAUGGCAUGUCUUUGUCCCCUGACCCCAAUCUAUUUGAAUAAAGCAGAAUAGUCAUAGUGUUAAAAGAACUGUCCUGUUAUCCUGAGUCCCUUCCAAACAAAAGUCGAAGUUGUCCUAAGGCAAUCUCACCAUCGUGACUGCUCACUUGUAUUUUUAUAAGAAUGUGUAUAUGGGGGAAAAAAGUAUUGGUGAGUUUUAAAUAAAAGCACAUAUUACUCCAACCUGGAGAAUGGAAGACGCUAUCUAAAGGAGAAUUUAAAAGAAUUAUCAUUGCUAAUGGUGCCCAAGUUCACAUUUUACGUUAUUUUUUUAUCAAAUUCUUAGAAAGGGUCACAAGAAAAAAAAAUAAAGCAUUUUUAUCGUAUAUAUCUUACAAGCAUAAUAAAGAAAACUUAGGAUUUAGUCUUACAGUGUCUAAAUAUAAAAUUUGUUGAGAGAAAACGGAGUGAUUAUUAAUUACGGCUUUUACUUCAUUUUAGAAAAGCACUAGAAAUUCUAAAUUUAUCGUUCCUCUAGACCACACUUAUACCUGCCUUGAUGGUGUCACAGAAAUGAAGGUGUGUUCAUGGGUCAAUAACAUCAAGGUAAUUAUGAACCAAUAACUACAGUUGCCCUGAAUUUUCAUGCCAUCAAUCACCAAAAUUUGAUGCUGCAUUCUUCAUUAUGACAUUUUUUACUUUGCCAGGAGGAAGAAUAGCUAUAGUUGAGGUGUACUUGAAAAAAUAGCAAGAAUGAAGGUGUGUUUCAACUCAUCAAAACUAUAGUCAAUGUUUUGUUUUCCUGAAAGCUUUCUUUUUUUUUUUCAAGAACUAAUCACAGAUAUUCUUAUCAUUGUGAAAACUCACUUUGUAUUAUUUUUUAUUCAUCGUAAUUUGGGAUACAUAUAAACCAAUCUUAUCAAAAUGGUAUUUAAAAUUGUCAAUCGAUUUUACCAAUAACAGAGACAAUAAUAUACUGCUACCAAAGACAAAUGGCUUCGUGUUUUCUGUUUCCAUAUUGAGCUUACAAUUUGUGACAGGAUAGUCUCUCAUCCUUUGAAACAUUUUUUUUUUCAGUCUCAAACUUUUGCAUGCCUUGCCUCCUUUCAAAGUUACAAACAUUACAAAAUAAAAUCCGGUGCCAUAUCCAGUGUUUUCCUGCUUACCUCUAUCUGCAGUUGAGUGAGACAGAUCCAAGGACAUGUCUACACAAAAAUGUUUUUACAACAAGUUAGAUCCAGAACUGUGUCACUAAGCAACACAAUUUGGAGGCUUAGAUGGGAUUCACCCUUGGUACAAUUCUCAGUGUCAAAAGCUCAGCAUCCCAGCUUGUAUAAUCCAUUCUUUGUUAGGAUUCCCUCCAAUUCUCUCUGGUUGGGAUGCUCUUCAUGGUCUCAGUGUCUUCACCAUAGGAGUAGAAAGCUAAAAGUCAAUUUGUGCAAUGUGUCUUCUGGAAGCAAAGUGGAAAGAAAUGAGCAUGGCUGUGGCAAAAUCUGGUGACGGUCGUGGUCAUUAUAUCUAUUUCCGGUUUUGAUUCAAGUCAUAUCAGUAUUUCCAUAACAGAGAAUGGUGAGACCCAUGAUACUGAAGGGAUUUCAUCUCUCCAUCUUCAGUUUAUUCCCACGGUCCAAUUACAUAAUCAGUUACAUAAUUGGCUUGCUUGUUAAAAGAUUAGCAAGAUUCUUUCAUUGUCAGAAUAAGUAUUUUUCACGACCUGCUUAAAGUUCAUUGUUGCUAACUAGCAUGAAGCCGAGGGCAAUGGUGCCUGUAAAUAUGUAAAUGUGCCUGUAAGAGUAAUAGGUAUUGAGUAAUAAGCUCAAGAAGAUUGACAUUUCAAACUGCCGAAAAAUAAAAAUAUUCUAGUUAUAAACACUUGGUCUAGAAAUACUUCUGUUUGUAAACUUUGACAUCCAACCUCAAAAUCUAUUUGGUCAUGGUUAAAACAUUAUUCUCCUAUGAUUUUCAGAUUCUAGUUCUAUAUACUUUGUUAUAUAAUUUUGAAUUGAUCUGGUGCCAUGAAUAUUCUAUUUUAAAGAACUCUGUAUCUCUUUUAUCCCACCACAACAUAUAUCUGUAGCUAAGAUAUUUUCUCUUAAUAAUUACCUCCAAAUGCUCUUAGUGAACCAAUUGUAUUUUUGAGAGGUAUCUAAUGUACGUGAUACUUCUUUCUAAUACAGUGCCCUAGUCUAGAGUGUUCACACUGGUUGAUGUUUACACAGCCUGAACUCAGUGCCUCAAAGUACUCUGUGAUCAGUUUUGUCUCCAACCACUUAACUCAUUUUCUCUAAUCUGAUGUCUCUGAAGAGCCUCACAGAGACAAUAAUAUGGCUGAACUCAACUGAUAAUGGUUAGCAAAGGAUGCAAAAACAUUAUUGGGAUCUGGAGAUUAUUGCUACCUUCUCCUAACAUGUCACAGAUUAGCAAUUGCUUGAAAAUUAACUACAAAUUUGUACAAUGUUAUUUUGAUCUUAUAUAAGAAUGGCCCUCUGAAAAAUAUAUAAAACAGUGGUAAGAACAUAGUGCUGGUCUUGUUUUCAUUGUGGUAACUAGAUGUGACCAAGUAGAGAAAAUGCUGUGCAUUGGGAAAUGAACUUGUAUUGCUCCAUAAUGGUUUCAACAUUCAGACUUUACUACUUUAGCCAAUUUACUAAUAAUUUACUGCAAGAAAAACCCCACAGAACUAGCAUUUCCUAAAGUAUCUAAUCUGUUAAUUUUUAACCAGAUAAGGCACUCUAUGCAUCCGUGGACGCCUUUGAUUUAAUGUACAUUUGUUGCUUGCAAACCUAUACAGAUAUGAUGACAGGGAAAGAGUUCUUCUAAUCGAUGUUUAAUUGUCCUUUGUAUCAAAAACUAAACAAAAACAAAAACCAAACACUUGCCCAUAAAUAACUGCAUGACAUUAAAAAAUCUGUAACAACAGCCUCAUUCCAAAGACAUUUAAACUCCAGAGCGAGUCUAUUGGAAAUCAGCAGAUUCUUAUGAACCUGGAGCAUCUUCUUAGUUAGUGCCUAGGGGCACCAGGCAGAGGCAGCUCUGUGUGGAGAUGCAUUGUGUUCCUAGAGAAGGUGAACAACCUGAAAGCGCCUGUGAAGGGGACCAUUCACUCUUCUGUGCCUAUCUUCUCUUAGGGGAAAAAAAUGCCUUCCUUGCUGUAUAUCACACCCAAUAUUUAAGGACAAGUUGUCACUCAGAGGAUUUUAGGGUUAUAUUCCAACAUUCAACCUAUAAAGAAGUAACAUUUUUAAUCUCCAGUUUGCUGAGAUGUGUAGUAACUCUAUAAAAGGCUGGAGAUGCACAAGCUAAGUUGUGGAGCCUCUGAGUAGUAUAUUUGAGGACUUGGUUUUGGUCCUCAGGUAACAGAGAGGAUGGAGGGAAGGGGAGUUAAUUUUAGCCAAAGUGAUAGAAAACCUGAUUUUCAUCUUUUACUACCAAGCUUUAUAACAUUGAAAGUGGCUUAGUAACUAUUUUAAAGAAAGCUUUACCAUUUUUUUUAAAGGAUGUCAAGAACCUAGCUAUAGUUGCCUAAGAAUUUAAUCUAUUGUAUUUUCUUCUUGAUAUUCUACCACAGCAAUGUCAGCUCAUUUCUGACAAUAAGUAUGGAGUAGUAACUGAGUGUUAUCUCAGUGCCUGUCUCAUAGUAUAGAAAUGACAAGCAAUGCUGAAUAUAGAGAAAAUGUUAUAAAAAUUGUCAUUGAAUUUUUGAAUGGUGUCCAACCACAAUGACACUGAUGAUCAAAAGUUCUGAACAAAUAUAAGAGUGACAGGCUAGCUAAGUCAAGAUUUUCAAUAUAGGAGAAAAUGAAGAUGGCUAUAGGUUGACUUAGAUGGAGGAAGAAAAGAUUUAUAAUUUUUAAACUAAAUCCAUGAAGAUAUUUUCUCAUUAUUCUUAUCUGCUUAGUAGAGUUUAUGCCCUUAUAACUAAGUAAAAAAUAUAUAUGACUACCAAAUAUUUAGGAUACUUAGAAAUAUUUUAUUUACUAUAUAUGAAUCUGAUACUCAAUAAAAUAUUACUUUAAAUUUUUCAGCAGUAACAUUAAGAGACCCUUUAUAGAAGCUUUCUUUGUACCAACAGUUUAUGGCUGAGGUGUUUUGUAAUUUCAUAUGUGACAAGAUCAUUAAUCAAAGAAUAAGGAAGAACAAAGGUAAAACAGUCCCAAUACGAUGGAACAAUUUAAAAGGAUGCCAACUCUUAGAGAACAACCAUGGUUUAAAUAUACUUUUCUGCUUCCUUUUCUUUCUGGGAGGUCCUGGCCAUUAUGACUAGCACCUCUCAACUGACUUGGUCUUUCUAGAUCCUUUGUAGGUCCUACAGGAGCCAGUUUAUCUGGCCUUAAUGAAAUGGAUCCUUCUGUUUAACCAGCAACCAUUGUCCUCAUGCCAACACUGUAUAUUAAGGGACUGCCAUAUAUGCUUAUUGUUUUGUUCCAUGUGAUUCUUGUUCCCUGAUGCUCUUUAAUGGAGAAUCUGUUAUAGAGAGAAAAAUGGCCAGAAAUAAGAACUUGGACCAUGAAAUAAGAAAUUGAAAUAAGAAAUAAGGACCAUGUGGCUUUUCGUAUACAGAGCUUAACAAACUUUGAGUAACUCACAAGUUUCAAGUUACAUUCAAAAGAAAGGUACAACAGAAACUUUCUUUCAUAAACAGACACCAUUAUCAUAAACUUAGAAUAAUGAAUAUGCUCCUAUCCUGGGUCACAUGCCAUGGUAAGAUGUAUGGUAUGACCAUCACAGUAAUUGUAGAAGGACAGCUCAAUGUACAGUCAGUCACUUUGCGGUCACUGUAUUUGAUUGAAAAUGUAUAAUGUAUCUUACUGUUGAAAAAUAUGAGCUCAGUCAUCUUGUAUUUCUUUCAAGGAAACCAAUUAGAUUCAAUGUAGAAUAUUACACGGUUGAAAUCCCAUGUACAAAUAAAAUUUUAUGUCUAAAAGAGUCUUGUAUUUGAACUUAAGAAAAAUAAAUUAACCUGCUUUACUUUCUGUGCAGAAAUGAGACGUUCUGACAAUACUGAAGUGCUUCAUGGUAUCCUAACAAUUUACUUUCUAGUAAUAUUAUCCAUCUUUUUAACCUGAGCAUGUUUGUUUUGUCUGCUUUCUAUACAGAUCUCAGUUUUGUCUAAUGAUUUAAAUGUAACCCAAAGCUUUAAACGUGGAUUAUUGAACGUGUUCCUGAAGAGGUUGUGGCUCCUGACAAAUGCCGUCAGGUUUCUUGUAUCAAAAUUCCAGUGGCUUCAGAAACCAUAGCGUCACAUGAUUUUGUGGUGUCUGAGUUUGCGUAGCGUUGUUGACAACUGUACUUAGUGAUUGUUCUUGCACACUUUUCAAAUAAAACCAUGUUUUUAUCAAG